CAAUUAGCCGACUUCAAGCUUCCUAUUCGCAUCGAUUAAGGUUUCUAGCCGAUCGGCAAUCAACUUUCAUCUUCCUCUUCAUCGCCUCUAUCUCUCUCUGUCGCGUCGCAUCAGAGCAUCGCAGAAUAUCAGUCGCAUAGCCUCUAUCUCUCUCUAUCGGCCCAGGGCAUGAAGACGAAGAUAGAGUGGAUGAUUUGCCAUGAUGAGUUCAUAGGAGUGACUUCAAUUUUAAUUUGUUUCAUUUCAAUACUUAGAGUUCAAUAAGCUAAGAAAGCCAAUCGUGAGUUUUGCAAAGUUUUGUUUUUUAUUUGUUUAUUUAUUCGUUUAAUAUAUUUACAAGGCUCAGUUUCAUUCUGAAACGAGUCUUAUAUUAGUAGUGUAACACUUUUCUCUUUAUCCCCAGAGGGCUAUUAGUAUUACGCGUAGGAAAAACAUGUUAUUGAACUCUUGCUCUCUGGCCCUUCCUUCUUCAAAUAUCUAUGUUAAACUGCUGGGUUACAGAUGCCCAGCAAGUGAAACUGGAGUAAAUUGUAAACGUGUGCAGUUUAGUUUCUCAAAAUUUGAUACAAGUCAUUGGAAAAGCAAGUAUUUAUCUUCAAGGUUGUGUUUCAGCACUUCAAAUAGUGAAUUUCUAAUGAACACACUUGGGAUUGUUGGAGAGAAAGAUGCAGUGAUCAUUGUUGAUCAUGGAUCUCGUCGCAAGGAAUCAAAUCUAAUGCUAAAUGAUUUUGUUACUUUAUUUAGAGAUAAAACUGGGUACCCUAUUGUUGAGCCGGCUCAUAUGGAGUUGGCAGAACCCUCAAUAAAAGAUGCAUUUCGUUUGUGUGUUCAACAAGGGGCAAACCGGGUGAUUGUAAGCCCAUUCUUUCUCUUCCCCGGUCGACAUUGGCACCAGGACAUUCCAUCUUUGACUGCUGAAGCGGCUAAGGAGCACCCGGGCGUGUCAUAUAUUAUAACUGCACCUCUUGGGUUGCAUGAGCUACUUGUGGAUGUUGUUAAUGAUAGAAUUAAACACUGCUUAAGCCAUGUAGCAGGAGAUGCUGAUGAAUGUGCAGCCUGUGUUGGAACAGGGAAAUGCAAGCUGUACUGAUUAGUCUCUAUGCAUUAUAAACAAUUGCACUUGUAGCGAAUUGUGAGCUUUCUUUAUUGAAUCAAUGGUUCGUGAGAAGGUAUGUGUUCUUUUCUGGCCUUCUCGUAGGUUGCAAUGACAACUAGUAACUCAUAAAAGAUUUGGUGAAACUUUGGUCUUUUCAUUUUACUAUUUAGGGCAUGUUUCUUCUUCAUGUUAUGUAGCCCAUUACCAUUCUAUCAAAUCCAAAUUUGUAAAAGAAGAAAGAUGAUACCUUUUUUGCCCUGGUAUUAAUGAAUUGUGAAGCUACAUGGCUAAAACAUACGAAUUACUAUCAACAUCGCCACUCAUUCCUACAAGAAGCCCUUGUGGGGCUGCACUAUGGGACGUCAAGAGCUCCUUCUGCUCCCUCGUCAUCGCCACGGCCGUUGUCCUCGGAGUUGUUCAUCUCUCUGGGGAGGCAAAAACUGUCUUUUUCAGCGGCAGCCCGCCGGAGAGUGUGGCGGCGGAAGACACGCCGCCGCCGUCAAGUUGUGAUUUGUACUCGGGAAAAUGGGUAUACGACAACACGUCGCGCUACCCUUUGUACAAGGAACACGAAUGCACCUUCAUGUCGGAUCAGUUGGCGUGCCAGAAGUUUGGAAGAAAAGAUUUUGACUAUCAACGUUGGCGGUGGCAACCCAACCAAUGUCAUCUUCCAAGGUUCAAUGCCAUGAAAUUGCUUGAGAAACUCAGGAAUAAGAGGCUUGUGUUUGUUGGGGAUUCAUUGAACAGAGGACAGUGGGUUUCUAUGGUAUGCCUUGUUGAUUCUGCCAUUCCACCAUCCCUCAAAUCCAUGCACUACAAGUACAAUGCCUCUUUGAUCAUUUUCAGGGCUAAGGAAUACAAUGCAACAAUUGAAUUUUACUGGUCACCAUUGCUAGUGGAAUCCAACUCUGAUGAUCCAGUGCACCACCGCCUCCCAGAACGAAUUGUGAGAGCCAAUGCAAUUGAAAAGCAUGGUCGCCGAUGGACUAAUGCUGAUUACCUUGUCUUCAAUACAUAUCUUUGGUGGAGGCAACCCAAUAUCAAAGUCUUGUGGGGUUCAUUUAGUGAAGGGAUAAACAGAAUAUACAAGGAUGUAAAUAUGCUGCGAAGCUACGAGAUGGCCUUGAAAACAUGGUCAGAUUGGCUUCAAAUACAUGUCAAUCACUUGAGAACUCAAGUAUUUUUUGUGAGCAUGUCCCCCAUCCAUGAGAGGGCAGAAGAAUGGGGUAAAGAGGUUGGAGAGAAUUGCUUUGGAGAGACAGAUCUAAUAAAGAAGGAAGGAUACCAAGGAAAAGGAUCAGAUCCCAAAAUGAUGAAAUUGGUUGAGCAAAGCAUUGAAGAACUAAAGCAAAGAGGCUUAAAUGUGGGACUGAUUAACGUAACUCAGCUAUCAGAGUAUAGGAAAGACGGACACCCUUCAAUAUAUAGGAAACAAUGGGGUCUUUUAACAAAGCAGCAAAUCGCAAAGCCAAGAACUUAUGCAGAUUGUAUCCAUUGGUGCCUUCCUGGAGUUCCUGAUGUCUGGAAUGAGCUCCUCUAUGCUCAAAUUCUAAAUUAGAUCUAUAAUCCAAAGCAAUAAUAACAUUAACAUCUUUUUAAUGAAAAAAGAAAUCGAUAAGAUUUAAUUUUUUAAUAAAAAAUGUUAAAGAGGUUUAAAAACUUUAUGUAUUAAAAUUUAUUUUUCAAGUCUCAUUCGGCAAGUGUAUAUAACUACAAGUAAUAAUCUCACAUACAUCUA